GCCAGGAGCCGCCUUUUCCCCCUUGGUUGGACCAUUCACAGUCGAUGUAGAAGUUGUUACUGAUUUUGUUAUUAUAUCAUUAAAAGUAUUAAUUACCGAAAUAACAUUAAUAUCUGAGAAUAAUUAUCAAAAAGAAUUGAAAGAAUCUGAAAAUCAAUUACGUCAAUGGAAAACCAAUAUUGAAAAACAAUUCGAAUCAAUGAAAUAUUCAUUUGAACAAGGACAAUAUGAAGCUGAAGAAAUAGGAAAACAAAUUUUUGCUGAAGUUAAACGUUUAUUAUUAAAUCAAGUUCUUCGUGAUGUCAAAUCUGAUGUUAGGAAAAAUAAAUUUAUCAUUCAUGAUCAUAUGCGUAAAAAUGCAUAUCAACAAAGUUUUCAACAAAAUAAUGGUGAAAAUAUAUUAAAAUAUGUUCUUGAUAUUAAUCGAUAUCUACUAGAAUUAAGUUUAGAAGAAGUAUUAGGCACAUUUCGUAAUGUUGUCAAUAUGCAUACGAAUUAUUUAGAUGAUUUACUUUCAACAAUAUUUGUUAAUUACAAUCAAUAA